AUGGCCACCCUGGUACAAUCUGCAGAAAUGGAGACUUUAGGCGGCCAAACCAACACCGGGGCAUCUCCGACAUCCUCCAGCCCCUCGCAGCAUUUCAACGACAGCAAAUUUUACCUGCUGGUGGUUAUAGGAGAGAUCGUAACGGAGGAUCACCUAAAGUGUGCCAUUGCGGACAUAGAGAAAGGGAUCCGCUCGUGGGACACCAACCUUAUCGACUGCAACCUGGACCAGGAACUCAAGCUGUUUGUCUCCAGACACUCAGCUCGUUUUUCUGCAGACGUCAGAGGGCAGAGAAUUCUCCACCAUAAAAGUAAUGUUUUGGAAACAGUGGUACUCAUCAACCCUUCAGAUGAAGCAGUCAGCACUGAGGUUCGUUUGAUGAUUUCAGACACUGCCAGACACAAGCUUCUGGUUCUCUCAGGGCAAUGCUCUGAAAAUACUGGGGAGCUGAUUCUUCAGUCUGGAUCUUUCUCUUUCUUCAACUUCAUCGACAUAUUCACUGACCAAGAGAUUGGUGAAUUGCUCAGCACCAUUCAUCCAGCAAACAAAGCCAACCUUACUCUCUUCUGCCCUGAACAAGGCGACUGGAAAAACUCCAACUUGGACAAACACAACCUGCAGGACUUCAUUAACAUGAAACUAAACUCCACUCUCAUACUCCCUGAAAUGGAGGGCCUUUCAGAAUUCACAGAGUACUUAUCUGAAUCAGUAGAGAUCCCAUCACCUUUUGACAUGUUAGAACCACCAACCUCAGGUGGUUUCCUCAAACUCUCCAAACCAUGCUGUUACAUUUUCCCGGGUGGUCACGGCGACUCUGCUCUCUUUGCUGUAAAUGGCUUCAACAUGCUCAUUAACGGUGGCUCGGACAGGAAGUCAUGCUUCUGGAAGCUUGUGAGACAUCUGGACCGGGUGGACUCCAUCCUGCUGACCCAUGUCGGCGACGACAGCCUGCCAGGCAUUAAUAGCAUGCUGGUGAGGAAGAUCGCAGAGCUUGAGGAAGAACAGUCACAGGGUUCGACAGCUAACAGUGACUGGGUGAAGAACAUGAUUUCUCCGGAUAUUGGUGUUGUGUUUGUGAAUCUUCCAGAAAACUUGGAUAACCCUGAACCUAAUUACAGAGUGAGGAGGAAUGUCGAGGAGGCAGCGUUCACUCAGCAGUUCCUUUCCAAGCUAAAUUUGAGGACAGAGCCUUUGCAAAGGCCCGUUGGAAACAUCAUAGAACCUAUCACACUUUUUCAGAAGAUGGGCGUCGGGAAGCUCGAGAUGUAUGUGCUCAAUCCAGCAAAGAACAGCAAGGAGAUGCAGCACUUUAUGAAGCAGUGGACUGGUAGUGAAAAAGACACUGCUUCUAUUCUGCUGCCAAAUGGAAAAGAAUCAGAGUUCCCUGUCUCUUACUUGACAUCUAUCUCUUCACUCAUUGUGUGGCACCCUGCAAAUCCGUCAGAUAAGGUUGUGCGUGUUCUCUUUCCUGGAAAUGCCACCCAGCAUCACAUCUUUGAAGGUUUAGAAAAGCUAAAGCACUUGGACUUCUUGAAGCAACCAGUUGUCACUCAAAAAGUGCUGUCUUCUAAUAUGCCAUCAACACCGACACUAAAGCAGGCUAAGAUGAAACAAAGAACAGACAGCAAAGAAAGCCUUAAGUCUACCCCAAAGCCAUCACCAAUCAAGAGCAUCAGGAAGGAUUCAAAGGAGGAUGCACCAGAAAAGGCAAAGACAGAUGCAGAAUCCAUUCAGGAAAAAACACAAAAGGCAGAGAAAAAAGAAAAGGUCCCACUGAAGAAGGAAAAGGCAAAGGCACCUGAGAAAGAAUCAAAGGCGAAGUCAGAGCAAACAGUGCACAAUGAAACUCCAGAAAAAAAGAAGUCUGAAAUAAAACCCAAAGCUGAGAAGAUUAUUAAAAAGGAGACCAAAAUGUCUGUGGAAAAGAAAAAGGAGGUUAAAAAAGAAGUGGCAAAGAAAGGUGACAUACUAAAACAAGAAAGUAAAAAAGAUGAUAAAGCAAAGAAAGAGGAGGCAAAGAAAGUUAUAAAAAAGGAUAUCAGAAGAGACUCACCUAUGAAGGAGAAAAAAGAAGAAAAGAAAGAGCAAAAGAAAGAUGUCAAGAGGCCGUUUAAAGACAUAAAAAAGACCACUGAAGAAAAGAAUCUGGCACCAAAACCAAAGCCCCUGAAAAAAGACGAUGCCUCAAAGAAAGAUGCAGGAGUACCAUCAAAGUUAAAAGAGAAAGGAAAGACAAAGGUUACAAAGAAAGAGACCAAGGUGGAUAGUGGCCAACCUGCAGCUAAUGCCACUGCUGUCCCAGAGGAUCCUGAAGCAGAAAGAUCUCUGAUGUCCUCACCGGAGGACCUCACUAAGGACUUUGAGGAGCUCAAAGCUGAAGAGUUGGUGGAAGAUGAUGCGACUGUGCAACAAAAUCGGGAAGAAGAGGCUGUGAUGAUCCACCGUGAAGAAAUCAUACAGACCAAAGAGUCACCUGAGGCGUUGGAGUCAGUGGAUGAGGGUAUAACCACAACAGAGGCUGAAGGAGACAGCGGAGUGACCCCAGAUGAACAAGUUCUCAAGGGAAAACUCAACGGAAGUGCAAGUGAGAGGUUUGAAGAUGAGGGCACUGUAAUGGAGGAGACAUCUGAAGGAGGAGAUUAUGAAGAGAAGGGAGAAACAGAGGAAGUGUACGAACCACAGAGAAUGGAAGUAGACAAAGAUAAGCUUACUCCUACUGAAGAUGAACACCAGGACAGACAUGAUGAAGUCAAACCACUCAGCAGUGAAAGACAAACAGAGAAACAGAAUCUGUUUAAAUCAGCCUCACCCAAAGUGUCUUCACCUGUUUCUCCAGCUGCAUCUAUCCAUGAUGAAACGCUUCCAGUUGGCUUUGAGAGCUCAACAGCCUCAGAUGAUGAGAACCGAGAUGAAGCCCCUGAGGAUUACACUGUCACCUCUGGCUAUACUCAGUCCACCAUUGAGAUCUCCAGUGUGCCUACUCCCAUGGAUGAGAUGUUGACUCCUAGGGACAUGAUGAGCGAUGAAACCACCAAUGAUGAGACCGAAUCCCCUCCACAGGAUGGUGAAAGGUUUGAGACAUCAGCAUCUGGAGAGUAUGACAGGAAGAAAAUUUCUCCACUUCAGGAUAUGGCAGGAUCAGAUCGCUCUCAGAGUGAAGCCACAGAAGGCCAGGACUACAACCACUCCGCUUCCACAAUCUCUCCACCUUCAUCACUAGAGGAAGAUAAAGUCUGCAAGGGCUUUCCACCUGCAGUGAAAGUUGAAGGGUUUGCCACAGCUCAAGAGUCAUGUGAAAAGUACGAUGCAGACUCAUCUAGACUCAGUUCAACCUCCACAACAUCACCUCUCAUUCGUUCUCCCUCAGUGGACCGCAAGGACACAUUUGAUUCACCAUCAAUUUUUGCUCCUCCAAUCGAACUGUCCACCACUCUGGCAGGCAGCACCAGAGCAACAGCAGAUUCCUCCCUCAGCCCAGAUGACAAGACACUGGAAGGAGCCAACUCGCCUCAGUCCUCUGGUCACACACCGUACUAUCAGUCACCGGUAGAUGAAAAAGCAGGAAGUCUACCACCUGUGUCAGAAGACAAAGCACAGGGUCCAGUCAUUGUGGAGGUCACAAGUGAUAAGGAGGAUUCCUCCAACAGGGUUACCCCAGAGCCUGAUGAGCCAGAACAAGAAAGUUGCUCUCCUGUAGAGAGGGUAAUGUUCUCUCCUACAAGCCCACCUCCAACUGAACCUGAUUCCCCAACAAAGAAGGAAAAGUCACCCUUUGAUGUGGAUCAUAAGAAAACUGGAGACAACAGCCAUGCAGUCUUGUCCUCAGCACCAGUGACCAAAAAUGAAUCUGACACCAAUCCUUUCACAGCUUUCAAAGAAGAGAGUAAAAUGUCCAUUUCAGAGGGUACCACAUCAGACAAGUCAGGAACCCCUCUGGAGGAAGUGGUAGCAGAAGACACAUUUUCACAUUUAGCUUCAGCAUCUACUGCCUCCCUGGCCACCAGCUCCUUGCCAGAGCCAACCACUGACUCCCCUUCUCUCCAUGCUGAGGUAGGCUCUCCUCACUCAACAGAAGUAGAUGACUCUCUGUCUGUCUCUGUGGUUCAGACCCCGACCACCUUCCAUGAGGCUGAGGGAUCUCCAUCCAAGGACGAUAGCCCCAGGCCCAUGUCUAUCUCCCCAGACAUCUCGCCAAAGUCUAAAAGCAGAACACAGAUGCAGGACACAAAAUCCCCAGAGCACUCUACCAUGUCAAUAGAGUUUGGCCAGGAUUCCCCUGACCACUCCUUAGCCCUGGACUUUAGUAAACAAUCCCCAGAGCACCCAUCCGUGGGAGGCAGCUCUCGUGCUACAGAGAAUGGGCCAACUGAGGUUGACUACAGCCCCUCAGAUGGAACAGAUGUAAGAUCAACUGGAGAGCCCAGCUCCACAGUGGAAAAGCCUUUACUUUUUGAAGAGGGUGAGUCAGUCCGUGCCACUUCUGCAACGCCAUCCGAUGCAUCUCAAUCCACACCUUCUGUUACAACCCCAUGCCAAAUGACAGAGAUGCCACAUGCUGUGACUGAGCAGACAGAUAAGUCUCCAAUCACCCCCAAGGCAUCCUCUCUCACACACUCUCCUCAUUCCAAUGAGCCAUCCCCAGUGCUAGGAUGUCCCCCUGCUAAAGACGGCACCAGCCCAAUUUCACCAUCUGUGGAGAGCAUUUCUAAUAAAGUUGACACGCAGCAGAAAUACGACAAGUCACCCUCACCUCCCAAAGCUACUUCUCCGUCAUCUUCUUUUGCCCUCUCAAAAGAGGACACACUUUCCCCAGCAAAGGAGACUAAUCCCUUUAAAUGUGAGGAUUCUACGCUUGAGGCAAAAUCCCCUGUGAGCCCCAAAGUCCCUUCCCCGUCAUGUCUACCUCUCUCCUCUGAUCUGUAUAAUUACAAUUCUGCUUGUGGCUCCAAGGACCCAGACUCCACCAAGAGGAGCCCCUCUGCUCCAUCUAAGACAGAUGUUGACCUCUGCCUAGUCACUUCAUGUGAGUACCGUCACCCUAAGACAGAACUAUCCCCAUCUUUUAUCAACCCUAACCCUCUGGAAUACUUCAUUAAUGAAGAGAAUGCCUUGGAUGAGGAGAAGCCACUGGCCAAGUUAGGAGGAGGGCCCCCACCUCCAGGGGGUAAGCUUUCCGCCAAGCAAUGUGAGGAGACCCCACCCACAUCCAUCAGUGAGUCUGCCCCCUCCCAGACAGAUUCAGAUGUUCCACCAGGGACAGAGGAGUGUCCUUCCAUUACAGCAGAUGCUAACAUCGACUCUGAAGACGACUCUGAGACUUUGCCUACUGACAGAACCCUGACCUACAGGCAUGCUGAUCCUCCUCCGGUGGUUUUCAGAGACUCUGCUCCAUCCUCAGGCCACCACGAUGUCUGCAUGGUGGACCCAGAGGCCCUCAAGGCUGAAGAAAACCUCAACAAUGCUAACACAGAUGGUGGAGAAAAGCUCAAGAAGAAAAAACUCUCAAAAAAAUCUUCAUCGCCAGCCAGGAAGGGUGGUCUAUCAAAGGUCAAGGACACAAAGACUGCCUCUCCAAAGAAGAGUGUUGGAGAAGGGAAAGAUGCCAAGAAUGCAACCAAUACCUCUGCGUCCAGAGGUGUGAAAAGUGCCACAUCAGGUCGUGGAAAGGCAUCAGGUGGGACAUCUCUGCCCAACUGCCCUCCCAUGUACAUGGAUUUGGUUUACAUCCCCAAUCACUGCAGUGCCAAGAAUGUGGAUGCUGAGUUCUUUAAGCGGGUGCGCUCCUCUUACUAUGUGGUCAGUGGCAAUGAUCAGACAGCUCAGGAGCCCAGUAGGGCUGUCCUUGAUGCUCUGCUGGAAGGAAAGGCCCAGUGGGGAAACAAUAUGCAGGUCACUCUGAUUCCAACCCAUGACACUGAUGUGAUGAGGGAGUGGUACCAGGAGACCCACGACAAGCAGCAGGAGCUGAACAUCAUGGUCCUAGCCAGCAGCAGCACUGUCGUCAUGCAGGAUGAGUCUUUCCCUGCUUGUAAGAUAGAAAUGUAG